AUUUCUAUCCUCACAAAUCUAUAACCACAAAAACCUUUUGGAGCUAUGUUAACAUAAUUAUGUUGGAACAAGAAAUAUCUAAAAGGAAGUGAAUUUGUCCCUCUUAAUUUGUCAUAAUUGAAAAGGAAAUCUACAGCACAAUGCAUAUAUUACAACGCAGAAGAAUUGAUCUUUCCGCUGUGCAAAAACGGGGAAGAAAGAAAGAAAAUCCAGAAGAAGAGGAAGUGCUCCAUUGUUUCUUCUUCUUCUUGAGAUAUUAUUCUCAAAAUGGGUGGUGUGCUGGCUUAUCAAGUGGAAAGAAGAAAAUCUAUCCAUACUCAGAAGAAAAUAUUGGAUGAUCUCAAGGAGAAAAAUGGAUGCAACUUUCCUGGUUCUGAUUAUCAUGUACAAGACAGAAAAAAUUGGAUGUCAGCACUUAUCCCUGAGAAACUCCAUGUGAACAAGAUUGUUUGGCCAGGGACGCAUGAUUCUGCAACUGACCAGAUUGGAAUCCCAUUAAUCACUCGCCCUUUCGCUCAAUGCCAAUCUUUGUCCAUUUAUCAACAAUUGGUAAAUGGUGUCCGCGUUCUUGACAUUCGUGUUCAAGAAGAUCGCCGUAUAUGCCAUGGCAUCCUUCUUUGCUACAACGUUGACGUUGUUAUCAACGACAUCAAGAAGUUCCUGUCAGAAACUCAUUCAGAGAUAAUAAUUCUGGAAAUCCGAACAGAGUUUGGCCAUGAUGAUCCACCGGAUUUUGAUAAGUACUUGGAGGAUGAGCUAGGGGAGUUUCUCAUCCACCAAGACGACAAUAUUUUCAACAAGACAAUUGCAGAGUUAUUGCCAAAACGAGUAAUAUGCAUUUGGAAACCAAGAAAAUCACCUGAACCAAAGCAUGGAAGUCCUUUAUGGAGUGCAUGUUACCUAAAAGAUAACUGGAUAGACACUGACUUACCUGAAAAGAAGUUCAAAAGUAACAUGAAGCAUUUGAGUGAGCAACCACCGGUUAAUUCCCGAAAAUUCUUUUACAGGGUGGAGAACACGGUGACACCACAGGCAGAUAAUCCAGUCCUGUGGGUGAAACCAGUGGCUAACCGUAUUCAUCCAUAUGCAAGGCUGUUCGUAAUGGAAUGUAUUUCACGAGGUUAUGGUGAUCGAUUGCAAAUAUUUUCAUCAGACUUCAUAGAUGAAGAUUUUGUGGAUGCAUGCAUUGGUCUUACAAAUGCAAGGAUUGAAGGGAAGCUCUGAAGCUGAACAAAUGUUUACAGAUCUAAAUAGCAGUAUAAAUAUAUCUUUCAAGAAUUUUUUGUAUGUACACAGUUUGAUCAGAAAGCAACACGUCCUACUUGCUGCUGAAGAGGUGGUUGUGCCGUAGGUAGCUAGGUUAUUCUCUAGUCCUUAUUUAGGUACCUGAAUGUGUCUUGCUGUUAUAAAACUGUAACUAAUAAUAUGUGAAUUAUCACUUGCAUA